UAUUUUUGUUCUCUACAAAAAAGCUUUUACUUGAUACUUGAUGGUGUGAUACAAAAAUGUCCCAAGAAGACCUUCAGAAGUUUGUAGAAUCAUUUUUAUUCAAGCACGAAGGAGUUUACUUUCAAAGGGAUUUAGCUACACCUGAAUCUAUAGAUGCUGUGGGGCACUUUGAAAUCAGAGAAAGUGAUGUAUUCCUGGUCACUUAUCCAAAAUCUGGAACAAUUUGGACACAACAGAUUCUGAGUCUAAUUUUCAAUGAAGGUCAUCGAAGUGGAACAGAGGCCAUUAAAAACGCAGACAGGGCACCUUGGAUUGAAUAUAAUGUGUACAACAUGGAUUAUGACAAACGUCCCUCUCCUCGUCUGUUUUCUUCACACUUACCUCAUUAUUUAAUGCCAAGAGAUAUGAGAAACCGGAAAGGAAAAGUUAUCUAUGUAUCAAGAAAUCCAAAAGAUGUUCUGGUUUCAUUUUAUCAUUUUCAUAAAAUGAUGGAAAAAAUUGGCAAGGCAGAAGACUUUGAAACAUUCUUCAACAUGUUUAUUUCAGGAUUAGUAUUUUCAGGUUCUUGGUUUGACCAUAUAAAAGGCUGGUACACCCACAGUGAAGAUUAUAAUAUUCUAUUUUUGACGUAUGAAGACAUGAAAAUGGAUCUACGAUCUGCUGUGCUGAAAAUCUGCAAAUUUGUGGAGAUAGAACUUGAUGAGGAAGCAGUGAAUAUUGUAGUGGAAAAAGCAACAUUCAGAAACAUGAAACGUGACCCACUUGCUAAUUAUACAUUUCUAGCAGAUGAUCUCUUAGACCACACCAAAGGCGAUUUUGUUCGCAAAGGCAUUGUAGGUGACUGGAAAAAUACCCUGACAGUAGCACAAAAUGAAAUGUUUGAUAAGCUUUAUAAGGAGAAAAUGAAAGAUUUUCCAAUCUCCUUUGUUUGGGAUUUGGAACAACACUGAUGUUCUUCACGCAAACUAAGCAAUGCAAACCUGGAAUGUGCAUUUGAAGACCCUGCUGUGAAUGUUAGCAGUUAAGAAUGAUUUGGAGAAACAUUAUAUCUGAGAGUUCUUUUAAAUUUCAAAAAGAGUUAAAAAAAAUUACAUUACUUUUUCCUAUUAUGACUAUUUUGAGAAUGGCAAAAAUAUAUAUUUUAUUUAGAUUACUUUAAAAAUUACAUAUAUAAUGCAUUUAACUGAAUUUGUAUAAAUAUAAUUAUACUAGGUAGG